GCCGCACUAGAAAUGACAUUAAGAUAUGUCAGAUAAAGAUGAGAUGUGUGUCUUUUUGGACGUGUUUUCAAACAAUGUGUUUUACUUCUACAAGAGAAAACACAUUAUGGGUGACAACCAACUGCUCGCUUUUGCUAAUGUUCGUCUGGAUAAUCGCCCCACUCCCGUUUAAGAGCAGCGCACAGCUUCUCCCCAGCACUUUUCUCAUGAAGUUUCCAGGGCUGUGUACCAUUCUGUGAGACAAUUCGAGCAGGACAAGGCGGGGGUUGUGCGCACACCGCAACUGUGCAGGCGCGGGUAGGCUCGGAAUAAACAGGAUCUCCUACAACUGGCCCGCAUAACACUCGGAGGGAAGUAACGGAUUUUAUGCCAAAGAGAAAUACUGAUGCUACAGCACAACAGGACAAUUUUAAAUGCUCUGACACACCGUGAUCUGCGGCUUGCUAGAAGAGACUGUUCCCUCCAAUCAAUCCAGUCAUCUGUAUAAGGCUUGGACAACGCCAGAGCUGUGUUGCCAUGUUUCGGAAGAACAGUAAAAUAUUAUUAGCACCUGUUUGUGAUGUGGACAAAUGAAGGCCAUGGAGCUCAAAGUGUGGGUGGAUGGAGUGCAGCGCAUCGUGUGUGGGGUCACGGAGUUCACCACGUGCCAGGAAGUGGUCAUUGCUUUGGCACAAGCCAUUGGACGAACUGGCAGAUACACUUUGAUUGAGAAAUGGCGUGAUACAGAACGUCACCUGGCUCCGCAUGAAAACCCUGUAGUGUCUCUCAACAAGUGGGGUCAAUAUGCCAGCGAUGUGCAGCUCAUCCUCCAACGAACUGGCCCGUCUGUUAGCGAGCAGCCCAUCUCUGAUGGGCAGGCUCGCGUUCCACGGCGUGGCUUCUACCGGCAGAGCCUCCCACCUCUGGCCAAGCUCCACCCAUCAGGGACAGAUCACUCGCUCAAACGCAGGGAACCAAAGCGCAAAUCUCUGACCUUCACCGGAGGGGCCAAAGGUUUGUGGAACAUAUUUGGAAAAAGCAGAGAUGCUGAAGCCAAACAGCCCCACCACUGUGGUCUGAACCUGAACCUGAGCAGAGUUAGAGGUGGAGUAGCAUCUGUACCUGGGAGUCCAGCCAGAGAGCUGAGCCGGCUGGUGCAGCUGCAGAGGGACAAGAUCCAGGCUCUGGAGAGCCGUCUGCUGCGCUGUGAGGCCGAGCUGCGAGACUGGGAGGAGGCUGCAGGCGAGGCCAGUGAAGGAGAAAACCUGGAGGAGGAGCUGCUGCUUUUAGAGCAGGAAGUGAGGAGGAAUAAUGUUGAGAUGGAAGAAGAGGAAUUCUGGCAGAACAAGCUGCAGCUUGAGCAGGAGAGUGAGCAGCGACUCCAGCAACAGCUAGCCGAGCUGCAGGGCCACAUGUGUGACUGCGCGGCCAAGCUUUCAGAGUAUUUCACAUGCAUACAGAGCAUGGAGGCAGGCCUGGAGCAGGAGCGACUGCAGCAGGAGACUGAGCUCAACCAGAAGGUCAAUGAGGAGGAGGUGCAAGCCCAGCUGGAGAACGUCAAACUAGAGCUGGAAAAGCAAAGCCAGCAAACAGCACUGCUAGAGAGCAGCUGCAGGGCGUUGGAACGCUCACUUGGCCAGUCCAGCAAGAAGUUACAGGAGAAGGAGCAGGAGCUGGAACAGCUGACAAAAGAGCUACGACAGGUUAACCUGCAGCAGUUCAUUCAGCAGACUGGUACCAAGGUCACUGUGCUGCAUGCUCAACCUACAGGACAGAACAGCAAUGAAUUGGAGUCUGGUUCUCUGAAAAGACUUGGCUCCACACGUCUCUUACCCAGCAACCUCCGCACUCUUCAAAGCAUCGUCUCCUCCAGCCUUAACCCCGAGGGUAUCUACGUUUGAUUGCUGUAGGUGACAUUGCCAGGAGACAUUUUUUGUGCACUAGGGCAGCUUAAUGUUAGAGGACUGUUUUCUAUAACUGAGAGGCCCUCAGACAGUUGAAAUGCUCCUGAAACAAACCCAGCUCCACAUGGAGGAUCAGAGGGGUGUCAUGAAAGAUGAGAUCUGAUUUGCAUCUUUUUUUGCACUGCCUCUUCUUCCAUCUUACCGGGACUGAGACUCAAACUGAUGUCAGUAUCCAUGUACUCUGUCUGUACUUUAAUGGGUUCGUGAAGAUAAAUAACUACAAGCCAGCAGACAUAUCCUUGUUGAGUACAGAGGCUUAGCAGUGUAGAUGAAUGUUAUUUUUAUGUUGUAAAUCAUGAACUGGGGAGAAAUAUCAGGAUCCCAAGUUUGGACACGUGAACGUAUACAUAUACAAACAUGCACAAGCAUCCAAACAAACACACCACACCUGUGCUAUAACUGCAGCCAUAUUUUCCGCCUUACUCUGGUAUUUUAAAUUCAGAAGUCAGUAAGUGUAACUUUGAAACAGAACUCAAAGUAGCUUCUGAACACAAUGCACCAUCUAAAUUUCCAGUUAGCACCAUGGUGACUGAUGUCAGUAUAACUCAGCAGUGGCUCUGUUCUUCUCUUCUUCAUGAAUUAGAAUUUUUGUAUUGAUUUGAACAGGAAAUCUGCCUCAUGCUUACUGUGGAAAAAUCUGAACCUCUCAUAUAAAAUGCAUUAUAGAGAAGAAAUGGAGGUGAAACUGAUUAAAUACGUCCAAGGAUACCAUCCACUAUUUGAUAGUUUUUGUUGAAACAGUUUGGCCCAUUUUUGGUUUGCACUAUGAAAGAGCCAUAAAUCACUUAUUGUUUUUGUGGAUGGAGCAGUAAGUGAUGACAGAGGCCUUUGAGUUAAAAUCCAACCUGAAAAAAGCCUUAAUACCCAGUUUGACCACUGGGUGGUGGCAAAAUAUAUAUUAUUUAGCCAGCUUAAAGUUAACUGUGUAAAAGUUCAUUCUGCUUUGUUUUGAAACAAAGCCUCAGCACUUUCGUUUUCAGUAUAUUAUGUGAGGUGCCACUUGCAGUAUUGGCCAAGUGUUUGACAUGUUUCACUGUGUUGGUUAAGCAGGGACACACACACACACACAAAAACACAUCUCAAACAGGCUAUAUUAAUAUCUCAUUUGAUGUCUAACAAACUAAAAAUGUCUUAUAUGAACAAAAGCUAAAGUGAAAAGCAUUAAUAGUUAGAUGAAUGUAUUUUUUAAAAUAUGUAUGCAGCUUAUGCUUACAAAGUGUGCCAGCGUGAGAUAUACAGUAGUAGAUGUAUACAAUAUACUUUUCAUGGUUUGCUGUUAGAUGCCAAAUGUGUUACCUCUGUCACACAAGAAAGCCCAGUUUAAGACAAAGUUUCACAGGAAACAAAAAUAUUUUAAACUUUAAAUCACUGAAGUUGGUUGUAAAAUUCAGACGCCUUUGUGCCACAAGCUAAUGCAAAUAAAAAUAUCACAACUAUAAUUUCACAGAGAAAUAAUCUCCCUAAAGCAGUAUUUAAAAAAAAUAAAAUUUUAUCUGGGUUCUGUGGUUAAACUGAUACAAAAUUCAUGAGAAGAUGCUUGCAGUGUAUGGACUCUAAUAAGUGUCAGUACUUGACCUUUAUUUGAGCUCGUAUAAAGCUUAACUUUGUCCUGCAUAAUAACAAUGUGAAUUCCUCCCUUAUGUGUGAGGCAUCUUGCUUUAUUGUUUGUUCUCCAGUGGAGGAAUUCACAUCCCAAAUCGGCAGACUCUUCUCAAAAAUUGGUCACUGACAUACAUUUUUUCCCUCUUCUCGCAGUACGCUGUAGUUAUCGUCAUGGCAACAUCUCCAGCUGUGACACAGAAACUAUAAUCGCUCUUUGACUGGAAGUUUUGAAAAGCAGCAUACCUUACUGAAACAAAAACUGUAAAUAUGUCUACAUAUCACAUCAGUCUAUGGAAUAAUUUUAAAGUAGAAUGAAGUCUGAAACAUGCAGUGUGCUAGAGAGGUUAGGUCUUAAUGCUGUUGUUCAAUAGGUAGCGCUGUGUGCAUGCAACAGUCUGAUUGGUUGAUUUGGACUCCUAAUUAGUGGUUUCCGAAGAUACGACAAUUCAUCUGAGAUUCAGUUUGUUUUGUUUUGUACCUUUUUGCCUUGGUGACAUUUACACUGAUGGAGAUAUGAGCCCAGUUAAAGAGCAGGCAGGCAGGCAAUUUGGUGUAUACUAGCAGAGAAAUGGAAAAACCUGCACAUUAUUUUCUCAUCUUUUCAUUUAGUUUUUGCAACUUUAUGGACGUAAAAAAGAUCCAUUUUGCUGUGAUAAUACAUUUGCAGACAGUGCUGGUUGUAUCAUUUUUUUGUCCUGCUUCAAGCUGCAAGACAUUGCCAGUCAUUCUUCUGUUGUGCCAUCAGUGGUACUUUUCAAUAAAAGUACAUAUACAAAUGAGAUUACAGAGCCAUUAUGGAAACGGCCAUCAAGUGGGUUUGAAAGCUAUUUUAAAAAUGCUGCAGCUCAGGGAUAUUUCAAGACAUAGAAUUACCCUGACAAGAAUGGGCAGAAAGUAAUUACGGAUAAAAGCUGUUCAUGAUGUCUCGAGCCCUUUGACAAGUUAAGUUGUAUAUUUGGUCUCGUGGGGACAGCUAUUUGACAAGUUUAAUGUGUAGCAUUUGCUCCUAGACACAACAUGACAAAUAUAACAGAAGUAAUGUACUGAAGGAAAUGGUGCUUUGCUUGAUUCAUGUUCAAACUAGUCCCUGUUUGUAUCUCUGAAAGAUACACCAUGGUAUACAUGAGAGGCAGGUUCAGGCCUUUGGUUGACAGCAGAAUACUGUAUUUUGAAACUGCCCUCAAAGUAUUUACAUGAGCCCCUUACUGUAAACGCACUGGCUAGAUGAACUUUAAUUUUUUUUGUUUUUAUUGUUUGCUUAGAAAUUCACACACUGCAUUUUUUUAGCUUUCAGAAUUUAACAGAUGUUCUUUGGAUUAUUACUCAGCCACUAUGAAAAACAUGGAAAUCUAAUUCAAAAGUAAUGUGAAAUAUGCAAAUAAAUGCAUGCUUUUCUGUGCUUUAAAGAUAUACAGAAAUUGAAAAUGCUUUCUCCAGCACACUUUGUGUUUCCAAAUUACUUGUUUUGAAGUAAUAUCGAUGUAAAGGGAUCAUAAAUAUGCAUUUGAUGGACACAUACUUAAUAUCGAAAAGGAAGAAGCUCCAAAACAAAACAAAGGGGGAAAAAUCCAAAGCCUCCUCACCAGUUGGUUACCAAAGUUUUUGAACACAGAACUAUAGAAGAGCUUUGUUCUUGUAUGGCUACUUGGUCCUAGUGUUAUAGGAAAGAGAAAAGACUGUUACUUUAACCCUUCUAGCUUAAAUAUUAUUAAUAUUCUUGUUCAUACUUUCAAACAGUGCAUGUCACUUUGCAUGUUACAAGAGAAAAUGUUUUUAGAAUGACGGCUAAACAAUGUUAGGUGAACAUAACGCUAUCAGAAAAUAAGUUUGUCUGCAGAUGCAGGAGUGUAGUCCCCAGUCUAACAGAGCAGGAAAGAGCUGCUAAAGUUAGCCUACAAUCUGGUAUAGUGGCAUCCAGGACCUGGCUCCCUCACAGUGAUGUAGUAGUAGCUAUGUUUUACCUUAAAGUGGCCAUGGCAUGCUCAUUUCCAGCCAUUUAAUGUUUAACCCUUAUCCCUCCCUAAGUACAUUUUUGUCCUUUUCACAUUUUUAUUUUCAAGCCAUUUUGGCUGUGUUGAAUGAAUAUAGCUCAAACUUGCCAAAUGAUAUUAUUUUCUUUUAAAUUUAAAAUGGAGGUCUCACUUCCUUAAAUUGGCCUAAAAAGGCUAAGAAAAACAAAUCCAUCCAAAUAUCACCCUCCAGACAUUUUUUGUCCCAUUGAAACCCAUUAAAAACGCUAUUUUUGUUGCCAUAUUUAUCCUACAAUAAAGCAAUGCACCGCGCUCUGUUCCUAAUGAAUUUUGAAGUACUUGGUCCCAACUUGUAAUUCUGAUAGUCAUCCAUGGUGACAUGAUUUCAUUUUUGAAGCCUGCAGCCAAAACAAAACCAAAAUCCACUUUUUUGUGUGAUUUUUGCAAGGCUGACUUGCUAAUAAUGAAAGGAUUUGAUAAA